AUGGUCGCUGUUGCGCAGAAUGACGGCAAUACCAUUCUGUUCCAAGUCAACAAGAACUUCGAGAUCAUCUUCUAUGAGAGUCGGACUCCCAGUGAAAGAAUCCCCAGGAAAAAGUAUAAUAUGAGCACCCUCAAGAUCAAAGGAAAGUCUAUCAAGGUCAACCCAAAGUUGCCCAUCAUCUCAGCUGUCGCAUUCACUCACCCCGAGUCUUGCGGUGGCAGAGCUCAGGUCCGAGUCUACGAUGUCGACAGAGACAGCCUCUUUCUCCGUGAGAUCAUCGGUGUUGGUGACAAGGACGAGGAUUGGAACGACGGUAUGGAUUUCAAUGACAAGGACUACACUAUUUGUGAGGUCAGCGGUCUGACUGCCAAAGUUUUCCAGUCGACUGGCGACAAGAAGAGCUUCCAGAUCAAGGUCUACUAUCAGCGUGACGGCGCGGAUGAGUUUGCGGAUGUUUCCUACAAUGUCGUGGGUGUUACCUAUGAGUGGAGCACUCGACCCAACGUCACCGAAACCUAA